UUUAAUUUUUUUUGUGACUGGUCAAAUUUGUGACCACACACACUCUAACAAGGUUGUACAAAAUGAAAAGACAACAGAAGGCAGCAUCAAUGAGUGAAUUUUGCUGCAUUUAAGGUAGUACACUACACUAGCGGUAUUUCAAUCAUGGUUCUGUUCUUAUGUCUUGUUGAAGUUAAACACACACACACACAUAUAUAUAGUGGUAAAUGGAAUUGUUGUGCAUCACUUAGAAAAGAUUAAUUCAAAAUCAUUUUCUUCAAUGAAGAUUUUCUUGGCUAUACUUCCUCUCCUCCUAGUUGCAGGUUUUGGGAUUCUUUCUAUAAUGAGUCCAAAGGAGAUAGAAGAGAUUGAAGUUUUGAAUAAUAAUCACAGUGUUAAUUUCAAUCUUUCUUCUUCAACCUUACCAUUUCCUGUUCUGGCCAUACAAACACUUCCGCAAUCUAAUGAAACUAAAGUUCUCAACAUCUCCAAACCUUGGGUCAACAGUAGUGAUCCAUUGAAUGAUCCAUUGAAUGAAACAGAACUUUGGCUCAACAGUACAGAUCCAUUGAAUGAUCCAUUGAAUGAAACAGAACCUUGGGUCAACAGUACUGAUCCAUUGAAUGAAACAGAAGUGUUCAACAUCUCCAAAUCUUGGCUCAACACUACUGAUCCAUUGAAUGAAACAAAAAUUUUCAACAUCUCCAAACCUUGGCUCAACAAUACUGAUAAUUCAUUGAAUGAAACUUAUGUUCCUCCUCCAAAAAUCAAGCAGCAAAGAAAGUUCAGCAUCUUAGAUAGAACAGAAGCUGGCCUAUUACAAGCUAGAAAUGCUAUUAGAGAAGCUAUCAAUAGUAGUCAAACACAAGAUCCAGACUAUGUUCCAAUAGGUCCAAUGUAUUGGAAUCCUAAAGCAUUUCACAGGAGCUACAUAGAAAUGGAGAAACAGUUCAAAGUAUUUGUCUACGAAGAAGGGGAGCCUCCAGUUUUUCACAAUGGACCUUGCAAAGACAUAUACUCCAUGGAAGGGAACUUCAUCCAUACUAUUGAAAUGAAUGACCAAUUUAUAACUAAAGAUCCUCAAAAAGCACAUGUAUUUUUCCUUCCAUUCAGUGUGGUAAUGCUUGUUCAUUACGUUUAUAUAAGGGACUCCCAUGAUUAUGGUCCUAUACGAAAAACUGUCACAGAUUAUAUUGAUGUCAUUUCUGGAAAAUAUCCAUACUGGAAUCGAAGCCUUGGAGCUGAUCAUUUCAUGCUAGCUUGCCAUGAUUGGGGGCCGGAUACAUCAUCCUUUGUACCAUACUUAGAGAAGAACGCCAUUCGUGUGCUAUGCAAUGCCAACACCUCUGAAAAAUUCAACCCUGCAAAAGAUGUUUCAUUCCCUGAAAUCAAUCUCAAAACUGGUUUAAUGAAAGGUGUUCUUGGUGGACCAUCGGCAUCUAAACGAUCGGUUUUAGCUUUCUUUGCAGGAGGACUUCAUGGAUAUAUAAGAGGCAUUCUUCUUGAUCAUUGGGAAAACAAGGAUCCAGACAUGAUGGUUCAAAGGUAUCUUCCAAAGGGUGUUUCUUACUAUGAAAUGUUAAGGAAGACCAAGUAUUGUCUAUGUCCUAGUGGUUAUGAGGUGGCUAGUCCAAGGGUAGUUGAGGCAAUUUACACAGGUUGUGUUCCAGUGCUUAUUUCAGAUCAUUAUGUUCCUCCAUUUAGUGAUGUUUUGAAUUGGAAAUCUUUUUCAGUGGAGGUUUCAGUUAAAGAUAUUCCUAAGUUAAAGGAUAUUUUGAUGAGAAUUUCUCCAUCACAAUAUAUAAGAAUGCAGAGAAGAAUUGGACAGGUUAGGAGACAUUUUGAGGUACAUUCUCCACCAAAGAGAUUUGAUGUAUUUCAUAUGAUUCUUCAUUCUGUUUGGCUUAGAAGAUUGAACUUUAAAGUGCAUGAUGAUGAUCAAUAAAUAAUUUCUUGUCAUAAUUUGUGACCAUGUUUGAUAAUUUACUUCUUAGUGUUACAUUGGCAAUGUAAUAUCGAUAGGGACGGAAGUAGAAUUGUGAUUAAUAUAAACAAUUCUUUUGAUUCUCAAA